UCGUUGCUGGUUGUCGCUUGAGUGUUUUGCUGAGGAUCCAUCUCGACAUAUCCUGUCGAUCCUCUGUAAAAGACACUAGAACCAAAACCCAGCCGAACAGUAAACCCUGCUAAAGAUGAGUGUUUCUUUUACCUUUAGAAUUUAACACCUUACCGUUGCCAAGUCGCCACAACUUCAACCUAUUACAAUAGACUUACAGCGCCCUAAAUCAUAUCAGAUUUUUAAAAGAUUAUCUCAAGUUUAACUUGAAGUUUGAGCGGUUAUUGUAUAUGCACAAAGCAGUUAUUCCCAGUUAAUCAGCAUAGAUUAGCACGGGAUCAAACCGUUACCUUCAAGUACCAAAGUCAAACGAACAAGUCUGCUUCAUUACUUUGUCCUACCUUAUUCAAGUCUCCGCAAUCCAACAUAUGAACAUUUGUAAUUACUUAAUUAAACCAAAAUUUUCCAGGAAGUCUAGCUAAGUUUAGGUGUGACUAUACACGACUUACAACUAACACCCUACUUGAAAAAUGCAGUCGUCUAAAAAAUGUGUAAGCUCCCAAACUGACGAUUUAUAUUUACCCUGCUCUAGCUCCCAAACUGACGAUUUAUAUUUACCCUGCUCUAUCAACCAACAUAUUACUCACAAAAUCAAUUUUUGUGAAGUAUACCCAAUUCUGGAUGAAAAAUCUCCCUCAAACAUCAGGAAUGUGGUGCUGCAGACUCCGUGUCAGACCCAGCCCCCAUCUCGCUCGCCUUUGAUUCCAGCAACAGCUGCUGUGGCCGAGGACGCCUCGCUCUUCGUCAUGGACGGUCUGCAGGCCAAGGAGAAGAGUGUGCUCCACAGUCUGAACGACAAUCUGCACAGCGACGCUGACAUCAGGAGGGCGGUGGACACGGACGACGACAGGCACACCGAGGACAGCUCCAAGUCGUCCACGGUGACCAACAUCAGCAGUGUUAACUAGCAGAUAGGCAGCUGGCGCAGAAGAAGAAAGUUUGCCCACUGCAAGUUCAUACCUUCCCAACGCUCAGCUCUACUGCACCUACCUACGUCCCGGACGUGGCGAGGCGGUUGUCCAUCGAAUCUCCCCUGGAAAACCUAAUGACAACACGUACGAACGGCCUAAUCCUCUCCAGCCUGAAUUAAGGGGAGAGUUUGAACUCAUCAGUAAAAAGCAUAAACCCUUUGACUCAAAAUCUGGUUUUAGAGAAUGGAACUCUGCUGGUUGAUGAGCAACCAAAUAGCCCACACCACCAACAAAGAAGAAACGCCGCUGAUGGCCAAAGUUUGAUGUGUAA